GUUUUUUUCUUGCAACGCCGCUAAAUCUAGCUCCCAUCCCGCCGUAGAGAAAGAAACAGAAAAGCAGAAGCGUCGGCCGUGAUUGUGACAGUUGAUCUUGGUUGCCACAGUUACGGUGGGAGUACAUCGCAGUUUCAAGGGUAUCAGGAAUCAAGAAUAUUAUCGAGGGCCACCAGACCUGUAUUGAUGUCUCUUUCCGGCCAGGCAAGCUCUCCUCAUCACCGCCAUCGUCAGUCCAAGAUUACUGUCGAAUAUCACCGUCCUUCGAGGGAAUCGAUACAAGAAUACAACGCUCUCCUUGCCGUUAGCAACCUACAGGCCUCGAGCAGCCCUUUUGUCCCUUCCAGAGCACCACCACCGCCGCCGCCGCCGAACAGGGCGCAACCAAUCCGUCCCAGAACCUCGCUUCAAAAACAGAACUCGCGCACUCGAAAGCUCAGUCUGCCGAGCGAGCCGCCUACCGACAUGGGUUAUUCCACCACCACCGUGCCCCCGCCCCGUCCAAGCCGAGCCAACACUGCCAAUUUAAACGACAUUUUUGCCGCGGAGCCGAUCCAGCCGCCCCUCGCCCGCCGUCUCUCUACGCCCGGCCCGCCUCCACCUCCUCGCGACGACUACUAUGCCGAGCCUGCCGAAAUACUGUCCCCAGCCCCGCAGAGCGAAUUUGUUGCAGGCAGGGCACGCAGCGGCACCACCAGCAAACAGAAGAAGAGCGUCCUUGGCUUUAUUUUCAACACCCAGAAGCGACCCGAGAUUAGCACACCUUACGACCCUGUCCAUCUUACCCACGUCGGCUUCAACUCUUCCACUGGAGAGUUCACUGGUCUCCCUAAGGAAUGGCAGCAACUCCUUCAAGAGAGCGGCAUCUCGCGCCUAGAGCAGGAAAAAAACCCUCAAGCAGUCAUGGAGAUUGUCAAGUUCUACCAAGAGGGUCAUGGCGAUGUCUGGGAUAAGAUGGGUGCAGUAGAGGCUGAAGAAUAUCAGGCCGCGCGUUCUCCGCCUAUUCCCCCCAAAAAGUUGCAAACAGCAGUGGCGCCCAGCGCGUACCGUCCCGCCCCUACGCCUCCGACAACCGUAACGCCUACCCUUGACCGCUCCACAUCGCAGAGGGCACCCAGCAACACGAACAAACAGUCCCCCUCGUCUUCAACAGUCCGCCGCUCCAAUACCACCCGCGAUAAGCGUUCCCCAGCCCCAGCCCCAGCCCCAACCAAACAACAACAACAACAACAUCAUCAUCAACAGCAGCCCUCCCCGAAACCAUCACCCGGAUCCUCCCAGACAGAUCUUCCGUUGAAACAACCAGGCCGGAGUCAGCAGCAGCAACAGCCCAGUCCCGCAGCCCAGAGUCUGGCGAAAGCUGCCGGUGUCGCUACUCCACGUCGAAGAGAGAAAAAGGUCGACAAGGCCAAGGAGGAGGACAUUGUCAAACGCCUUCAACAGAUCUGUACCGAUGCCGAUCCGACGAGGCUGUACCGGAACCUUGUCAAGAUUGGACAGGGGGCUAGUGGGGGCGUGUACACUGCGUAUCAGGUGGGCACAAACAUGAGCGUCGCGAUCAAACAAAUGGAUUUGGAGAAACAGCCCAAGAAGGAUCUCAUCAUUAAUGAGAUCCUGGUCAUGCGCAGCUCCCGUCACCCCAAUAUUGUCAACUAUAUUGACUCCUUCUUGCACAAGAAUGACCUCUGGGUCGUAAUGGAGUACAUGGAAGGUGGCUCGCUAACGGACGUUGUCACUGCCAAUUUAAUGACCGAGGGCCAGAUUGCAGCGGUCUCACGGGAAACGGCGCAGGGCUUGGAACAUCUUCAUCGGCAUGGUGUGAUCCACCGGGAUAUCAAGUCGGACAACGUGUUGUUGAGCAUGGUCGGUGAUAUUAAGCUCACAGAUUUUGGGUUCUGCGCGCAGAUUAGCGAUCCUGCGAGCGCGAAACGCACGACGAUGGUGGGCACGCCGUAUUGGAUGGCUCCCGAAGUUGUUACAAGGAAGGAGUACGGUCCGAAGGUGGACAUAUGGAGUCUGGGGAUCAUGGCGAUUGAAAUGAUCGAAGGGGAGCCUCCGUAUCUGAACCAGAACCCGCUCAAGGCGCUCUAUUUGAUCGCGACGAACGGGACACCGACGAUUCAGAACCCGGAGAAUUUGAGUUCAGCCUUUAGUGAUUAUUUGGCGAAAACGUUGGAAGUCGACGCGGAGAAGAGGCCAAAUGCGACGCAGUUACUACAGCAUCCAUUCUUCAAGCUUUCAGAACCUCUAAGGACGCUUGCGCCAUUGAUCAAGGCUGCCCGUGAAAUGGCUAGCUCCAAGAAUAAAUGAAUGACAUUAAGAUCCCACGUCUCCGUUUUUGCUUAACUCUCAUCUUUUCCGAUUAUGCGUGGUCCUCGGCGCACCUAGACAAAAGCAUUUAUAUCCGUCAAUCUACUCGUCGUCCUAUGUGUACCCCCACGAAGCUUGAAAUUGUAAUACGAACCGUUUUUCUUUACAUUACACUUUCACUACCCUUUCCUCUCUUUCAGUAUUAUUAAAGUUGCCGUCGGAUUUUUUUUUUUUUUUCAAGUUGUUAGUGUGCUAUUUGAUACAUAUAUUGACUGGACCGUGCUCGUUUACAUUGUGAUGGAGAAAAAAGAUGAAUGCAGAAGCGAUGCAGAGGAAAUUAUUAUGUAGUGUAUCGUAAACCUAACCCUUAUAGCCAUGGCUGCCAACCUGGA